AUGAUAAAGCCAGUUUCGACAUCAGCAGCUGAUUGUGUCAAUGGGGUCAACGGUAUUGAAAACGCUCACUCCAAUUCCCAUAUCAACGGUCACACUGGUACGCGCAACGUCUUCAGUGAAGUGAUCAAGCCCGCGAAUGAUCUACUAACAAGGCAGAUCGUGCUCGCUCCAUACGAAUACAUCAUGCCCUUGCCAGCGAAGAAAAUCAGAGAUGUGUUCAUCGACGCUCUAAAUUGGUGGCUCGACAUCCCACAGCCAACCUCGUCGUCGAUUAAGGGAAUUAUCGACAUGUUCCAUCAUUCGUCGUUCAUGCUUGGUUAUAUCGAAGAUGACUCUAAGCUUCGACGUGGUAAAUCGGCUACACACAUGCUGUAUGGAGCCGCGCAGACAAUCAACUCGGCCAAUUAUGUCUUCGUCAACACAUUUGCAGAACUAAGCAGUCUCCGCAGUCCAGCUGCGUCUGCCAUUUUUGUUGAAAUUGGAGCUCUGUUUAGACUAUGCGUUCGACUCAUGCAAGCUGAAUCCUCUGUCUCAUGUCGACACUUCCAAAUUCAAGAUGAUUAUCAGAAUCUCACUGCAGACGAAACUUUUCCAAAGCCAGGUACCCAUCAAGCUGUGAUCCGAGGCGUCUCCCAGAACAAAGCCACGGGCGAGAAUUGCUCUGGAAAUGAAAGAGUGGACAUUUACGCAUAUGCGAAAAACGGAAGCACUAGAAUCCACGCUUGCUUUGCAUCGUGA